AUGACACUGAUCCACAUGCAUCCCUUCCUCCCUGGCUUGCUCCUGUGGAUUAUACAACUCUCCAUUACUUUUGUGCUGGCCAGUGCUACUGAACUGCUGCAUCCUUCCAACAGCCCCGACACUGACCUCAUGAUUGGCAUUGGGAUUCCUAGAAACAGGAGGAAACGUUACAUAUCUCCCAGAGACAUGAGCGCCUUGUUGGACUAUCAUAACCGAGUGCGAUCCAAAGUCUCCCCUCCAGCUGCUAACAUGGAAUAUAUGGUGUGGGAUGAACGAUUAGCCAAGUCUGCUGAGUCAUGGGCCAACCAGUGCAAAUGGGACCACGGACCUAACCAGCUCAUGCGCUAUGUGGGUCAGAAUCUCUCCAUUCAUUCUGGAAGGUAUAGAUCUGUAGUAGAUUUGGUAAAAGCAUGGCACGACGAGAGGCAGCAUUACUCCUUUCCUUACCCGCGAGAAUGUAAUCCCAGCUGUCCUAGUAAAUGCAGCGGCUCCGUCUGCACCCACUAUACACAGAUGGUGUGGGCCUCAUCCAAUAAAAUUGGCUGUGCCGUCAACACUUGCAAUAACAUCAAAGUGUGGGGAAGUACAUGGAGACAAGCUGUCCUUCUGGUUUGCAAUUAUUCCAUAAAGGGUAAUUGGAUAGGAGAAGCUCCUUACAAAUUGGGAAGACCGUGCUCUGCUUGUCCCCCUAGCUAUGGAGGCAUAUGCAGCAAUAACAUGUGCUUUUCUGGUGUGAAGUCUAAUAAACUCAGCUGGUUUUAG